AUGGGGUUCGAAGAGACGUUUACGGCUUAUUUGGUGGGGAAGGAUCUGAUCAACAAGAGCUUUCAUUUUGAGUACAAUAGGUUCAAAAAUGAUUUGAACUUUUGCAGGCAUCAUAGACAUAAUGAAGCUUCCGUUGAUUCUCAUGGUGAUGAUUUCAAUCAGACACAAUGCCACAGGUGUGAAUGGAUGUUCACUGAAUUAACAACAAAAGCUACCAAGAUGAGUGAUUAUUUUGGUUUGAGAGUAGGGCAGCUUGUUCAUCUUCAUUUCUCUCCUGGUAUGCGAAGAUUCUUAGCAGGCCCGUUUACCUAUUUCAAAGAUGAUCAUGAAGCAGCACUCCUACACAAGGGAUGGAUGCUAAUCCAAUUUGCUGUUAUGAAUGCUAUCGCCCUGAGGAAGAUUCUUAAGAAAUAUGAUAAAGUUCACGAAUCUGAAAGCGUUAUCAACUUUAAAUCCAAACUACAAGCCAAGCACUUGGAUAUUAUGCAAUCACCAUGGUUGAUUGAAUUAGUAGCUAUGUAUAUGAAUCUUAAAGGUUCAGACAGUUUGAUCUCAGAUGAGCUUUUUGGUCCACUCUCUUGUGAUCUCAACAUCUCAAAUCAAGGGUCUGCACUGACUUUAACCCUUCUAGGGUCCGAGAAAUUGGAAUGCAAUCUCACGUGUCCUAUUUGCUUGGACAUUGUUUUCCAACCAUAUGCUUUGAGCUGCGGACACAUUUUUUGCAAGUCUUGUGCUUGUUUAGCUGGGCAUGCAUUGAUCAUUGAAGGCUUCAAAUCCGCAAGCCCUGAGUCCAAAUGUCCAGUUUGCCGAGAGAGUGGUGUGUAUGACAAACCAGUUUGCAUGUCUGAACUAGGUUGGCUCUUAAAACGAAGGUAA